GGAGGGCGAUGCUUAGUGCCACGUCGAACGUGACGACGAAACCGGGAGGUGCCGUAAGGGGGCGUGGCCAUCGAAUCCAGUACUGGAAGACCAGUAACUGCAACACAGUUACACUCAUUUAUGUUCUUAAAUCCCAGGGAGUCGCAGAUUACAGAGAGAGACGCCAGAACAUGGAUCAACACUUCAGUCGACUCUCCGAGACCCUGGCCGCGGCCGACCAGUCCCACCUCCUGCAGUUCUGGAAGGAGCUGAGCCCCCAGGAGCAGGCCGUCAUGACGGCGGACCUGGAGGCUAUAUCGUUCGGGGAGAUCAAUGGCUUCUUCAAGAACGCCAUGGAGAUGUCCAACAGCAGCAAGCAGGAGAAGAUGGAUGGGCGAAUGGAACCGGUUCCCAAAGAUGCUCUGGGCAGCGUCACGCGAGACCAGGACAGCAUGACGGACUGGGAGAAGGAAGGUCUGCGGUGCGUCUCCCAGAGCCGCGUGGCGGUGCUCCUGUUGGCGGGGGGCCAGGGCACCCGUCUGGGGGUGCAGUACCCCAAGGGGAUGUACGACGUGGGCCUGCCCUCCCACAAGACGCUGUUCCAGAUCCAGGCGGAGCGCAUCCUGCGGCUGCAGCGGCUGGCCGGGAAGACGCACGACACCAAGAGCCAGAUCCCCUGGUACAUCAUGACCAGUGGCCGGACCAUGGACGCCACCAGGGACUACUUCUCCAAGCACUCGUUCUUCGGGCUGGAUCCCGGCCAGGUCAUCUUCUUCACGCAGGGCAUGCUGCCCGCCAUGGACUACAGCGGCAAGAUCAUCCUGGAGAGCAAGGGCAAGGUCUCCAUGGCCCCUGAUGGGAACGGGGGGCUGUACCGCGCCUUGGCGAAGCAGGGCAUCGUGGAAGACAUGGAGAGGAGGGGGGUGGAGCAGAUCCACGUCUACUGCGUGGACAACAUCCUGGUCAAGGUGGCCGACCCCGCCUUCAUCGGCUUCUGCGUGCUGAAGGGGGCAGACUGCGGCGCCAAGGUGGUGGAGAAGACGAACCCGACGGAGGCGGUGGGGGUGGUGUGUAAGGUGGACGGCGUCUACCAGGUGGUGGAGUACAGCGAGAUCACGCUGCCCACGGCGCAGCGUCGUGGCUCCGACGGACGGCUCACCUUCAACGCCGGCAACGUGUGCAACCACUUCUUCAGCAUCGGCUUCCUCAAGGACGUGGUGCAGAAGUACGAGCCCCAGCUGCAGCACCACGUGGCCCAGAAGAAGAUCCCGUCCGUGGAUCCUCAGGGCCGCCGGACCUCGCCCGACAAACCCAACGGCAUCAAGAUGGAGAAGUUCGUCUUUGACAUCUUCCAGUUCUCCAAGAAGUUCGUGGUGUUCGAGGUGCUGAGGGAAGACGAGUUCUCGCCGCUGAAGAACGCCGACAGCCAGGACGGUAAGGACACGCCCUCCACGGCCAGGCACGCCCUCAUGUCGCUGCAUCACCGCUGGGUGCUAAACGCUGGGGGCCACUUCAUCGACGAGAACGGCACGCGCGUCCCCGCCAUUCCCAGAGAUGGCGCCGCAGGGGCUGUCUCACGCGACGUCAACGCAAACCUGAAGGAUGGAACUGACCUGCCAAUCAAGUGUGAGAUCUCCCCCCUGGUGUCUUACGGUGGAGAGGGUCUGUCGGAGCUGGUGAAGGGCAAGGAGUUCAGACCCUCCCUGGUGAUCGACGAGGCGGGCGUCCAUGAGCUGGUGAAGAACGGGGUGUAGAGGGGGAGAGAGCAGGAGGACACAUGGAGGGAGAGAGAGAGACGAGCAGGGAGGCCUUCUGUGACCCCGCCCUCACCAGCUUCUCUCCACGGAGACUCCGUCAUCUGAAGUAACGCUACCAAUGAGUGCUGUGAUUGGACGAAAUGCAGGGCGAUGGUUUGUUUGUUUUUAGUAGAACGCAUGACGCCAUCUCGUUAUUCUGUCUGAAUGAAGUGAACGACAGCUAUUUAUUUAAACUAAUUAAUGACAUCAUUUUUAUACACAUCGAUCAAGGGUCAUCUACUCUUUUAAAAAUAGAAUCUCUCUCUAUAUAUAUAUAUAUAUGUGUAUAUACAUGGUAUAUACAUUCCGUUUACAAUGUGGGUCUAGUCUUGAAGGCAAGGGGAACAUGUAAUGAAGAUACAUGGUGACGAUUCGGGUGUAUUUAGGGUGUCUGCUUCUUUUCUUCCUGUAAUCACAUGAAAUAUGAUCUUGUUAAAGAUCCAGAGGAAUCAAGCUUUUCUAUUUAAUAAAUGUCCUCUUUGGAGGGGGUACCGAGA